CCGCGGUCGCCCCCUGGCCCCCAUCUCCCUGGUUUGUCGAUUCUGUCGCCAUUGUCGAGGUGUUCGGUCGAAGCGUCUGUCUCCGUAAACGAUCGUUUUCUCCUCGGUAUAGUGCAGUUUGCAGUUUGGAACAUGUGUAGUAUUAUGCAAGCUGACAGUAGAAAAAUGGACAUGUUGAAGAUCUUGCAUAAAACAACAGAACGCCUAGAAUGCGAUCACUGUAAUUUCAGAGGCUCUGACUAUGAGAACAUACAGAUUCAUAUGGGUACUAUUCACCCUGAGUUCUGUGAUGAAAUGGAUACUGCAGGAUUGGGGAAACUCAUAUUUUACCAAAAAAGUGCGAAGUUAUUUCACUGCCACAAAUGUUUUUUCACCAGCAAAAUGUACUGUAAUGUCUAUUAUCACAUCACGGCACAGCAUUCACUGCCAGACAAAUGGAAGGAAGAGCAGAAAGGUCUGUUGGAAACUGAAUCCCUCAAAAAGCCUCUCUUUGUGGAACCUCAAAAGCCUUCUCAGUCUCCUGAAACACAGAAACCUGCUGUGUCUCCAGAUUCUCAAAAACCUGCUCCUCCUGAACUGCAGAAGUCUGAUGUGGGACUAUAUUCCAAGAUACAGAAGCCUAUUUCAGUUACAUCCAUGGAACAUCAGAAACUUGUUUCAGUUGCAUGUCUGGAGGCACAAAAAACUAUUCCUGUUGUACCAGAGCUUUCAAAACCUAUUACAGUUGUGUCCUCAGAAACACUGAAAUCCCCCCUUUCUGUCACUCCAGAACCACUGAAGCCUGUUUCAAUAGAGACUGCAGAGAUACCAAAAUCUCUCUCUGCUUUGUCACCAGAGCAACAGAAACCUACUGCACCUACAUAUAUUGAAUCACAAAAAUCUCUCCCUGUUGUACAUCCAGAAUUAUAUGUCCCAGUUGCAGAACCAGAGAAAUCUUCUUCCCUUAUAUCUUCAGAACCGCAGAAACCCAUCCCACCUGUAUCCCCAGAGGCUCAAAAGUCCGCUCAGCCUGCAUCUCCACCUGUGGUUGCAUCUGAAGCACAGAAAUUUGCUCCAGCUGUGUCUCCGGAGCCCCGCAGGCAUUCACCGACUGUGUCUCCUGAGCCCCGCAGGCACUCGCCAGCUGUGUCUCCGGAGCCCCGCAGGCAUUCACCAGCUGUGUCUCCAGAGCCCCGCAGGCAUUCACCAGCUGUGUCUCCAGAGCUUAAGAAACCUAUUGCUGGUCUGUCCACAGAACCUCGUAGGCAUAUUUCUCAAAUACGAAGGCCUGCUUCGGCACUUUCACCUGAACCACGUAAACCUGACCCACCGCUGUCUCCAGAUCCCUGGAGACCUGUUCCAGAAACCUGGCGAUCUGCUAGUAUUUCACACGAGCAACAGAAAUCUAUUACUCUCUCACCUUGGUCCCCAAAACCACCUACAUCAAUGUCACUUGAGCCCAGGAGACCUGCUUCAGAACCUCGAAGGCCUGGAAAUUUGAUGUCCUCCGAAUCUCAGAAGUUUAUGCCAGAUACUUGGAAAUCUACCUCCGUGCCCGACUCUCCAAAAUCUAGUCUUGCUUCCUCAGAACCCUGGAAACCCAUUUCUUCUGUUUAUCCUGAAGGUUGGAAACCUGUUUUGUCUCCUGACACUUGGAGGCCAUCACCAUCAGUAGCACCACCUGCUCCUCCUCCAAUGCCUGCAGAGCUUAGAAAGCCUGCCCCCCCCAUGCCAUCUGAUAUUUGGAAACAGCCCUUCUUUUCUGAGCAACGUAAGCCUGCUCCUUCUGUAUCUCCUGAUCCUUGGAAAUUUUCCUCUGAGUCCAGAAAAUCUCCUUUCUUUCCAGAGACUCAAAAGCCUACCACUUUUGUUUCUUCUGAACUGCAAAAACGUGCUUUGUUUUCUGAACCCCGCAAACGGGCCUUAUUUCCUGAACCCAAAAAAUCUGUUCCUCCUGUUUCUGCAGAGACACAGAAACGUUCAUUCUUUCAUGAAGCUCACAUACCUUUUCCUGAAGUCCAAAAACAGGUCACCUUUUCAGAAUCUCAUAGACCGACUCCUGUCUCCCCAGAGGCCCCAAAGCAUUCCUUCUUCCCAGAUACUCAGAAACAUACUGCUGUUUCUGCUGAAAUCCAGGAGCAUGCUCCCUUCUCAGACUCUCAGAAACCACCUAGUCUGUCUCAUGAAUUGCUGAAGUCUCUUGCAGUUUCUCCUGAAAGCCAGAAACAUGGUACCAUCGCUGAACUGCAGAAGCUGUCUCCUGACUCCCCUGAGAAACAAAGCUUCUUUGCUGAACCCCCAAAACAUUCACUUUCACCUGAGAGCCAAAAAUCCAUUUCUUCUGAUCAGAAGCAAGUACAGAGUACUGAUACCCACAAACCAGUGGAACCAACAGGCAUGGAAGUUCAGAAAACUAUCAAUGAUUUUAGUCAGCCUGCUGCACCUGUUUUUUCAGACCUGCAGACUCAUAGUGAGUCUAGUAAUAAAGAUUUCUUCCCUGAGCAUCCAGAAGGAGAGAAUCCAUUCAGUAGUUUGUUAGUUCCAAAAGAACAGUCUAUACAACCCAAGGAACCUGCAGAAGAAAUAUAUUCGUGUCCAAAGAAGAAACCCAAAAAAGAAAAUCAAGAGAUUUCUAAUAUAGACUUAAAUAGUAGUGAAAGCGGAAAUACUGAGAUGGAAACAUCAGACAUAAAGGAACAGGAAUCCAACAGUGAUCAGGAACAGUUUGAUACAGAGUCUACUGAGCAGAAUAAAGAAACUAAAAUUGAUGCUACCCCUACUCAGCCUCAGUGUGUGUUGCAGUUUACAGAAGAGAAGGAAGCUUUCAUAUCAGAAGAAGAGAUAGCAAAAUACAUGAAGCGUGGCAAGGGCAAAUAUUACUGUAAAAUAUGUUGCUGUCGGGCUAUGAAAAAGGGAGCUGUUUUGCAUCAUUUGGUUAACAAACAUAAUGUUCAUAGUCCAUAUAAGUGUGAUGUAUGUGGAAAAGCAUUUCUCUUGGAAUCUCACCUUAAGAAUCAUGUUGCUGCUCAUAGUCAGAGUUUGCUUAAAUGCCCACGUUGCAAUUUUGAGUCAAAUUUUCCUAGAGGGUUUAAGAAACACCUAACCCAUUGCCAAAGCCGCCAUAGUGAAGAAGCCAAUAAAAAACAGGUGGAUACUGCUUCUGAGCCACCUAAUCCAAGCCGGCAGAGCGAAGAAGCUGGUAAGGUGCCAGAGGAGAAUGCUGAACCAUCAAAAGAGUUCCUUAACGAAUUGCAGACUGAAUGAUUUUGGUUUUGGAAAUUUAGAAAUCUCCAAAUGCAUUGCAUUGCUAUGUAGCAACUGAUGUUGAAUUUCAUUGUAUAAAACGACGUGAGCAUACAGUAAACUUGAUGGCAACAAUUUGAUGCAUAGUUAAGUGCACUUAAGCCACUGAUUAAUUAAACAGUUUUGUGUUUGCUUAACUGUGUUGCAUUGUAGCCAUUAUAAUUAGUUUACCAAAAUAGCAGCACAACUGCCAAAUUAAUAAGCUUGUUCUGGAUUGGACGGAAUGUCAUUUUUAAAACAGAAAGGAAUAAUUAGUUUAAAAUUAAUACAGAGCUAGAAAAAUGGUAUUCUAGCAAUUCAUCCAACCAAAUCGAAUUUUGUAUUUUAAGAAGCCUCAAACAAUAGAAGCAUCACCAAAUGAGAUGACUUUAAACUUGCAUGAAGUAACCUUGUUUGCCUGCAAUUGUAUGUUCUAUAAUUUUUAAUAUGUACCUGAGUUCCCAUUUCAUUGAAUUGCUUGCUUAGAUUAUUGAAAUCGUUAAUAUUUUUCUCACUGUAUUUGAAACACAAAUUAGUAUGUGUGAAGUAACUAGAAUAAUGUCAGAUGUAUUGGAAGUGUAUAUGUGCUGUCUUGCUUUUAAGGAAUGUUUUCUAUUUUAACAAUAAAAAUAAUUUUGUGUAUUUGGAAUUAA